CUCGACGUAUUUCUUGCAAGGAUCUUGGACAAGGUGACUGUCAAGGUUGGUUAAAGAAAACAAAUACAUUGACUAGUAAAUACGUGAAAAGAUGGUGUGUUUACAAAAAUUCAACAUUCUACCACUAUAGAAAUCCUAAUGAUGAUUCAGCUGAAGGUUUAAUUCUACUUCAUGGUUUUACCAUCACUCCUGCAGUCUCAGUAAAAUCUGGAAAAUUUGCAUUUUUCAUUUUUAUUGACUGGGUUCACUUUGUAUUUGCCUCGGACUCUGAACUCGAUCGACCCAAGUGGAUGAAUAAGCUGGACUUAGCUCAAAUCGGAUUGUCAUCCUGCGUGCCGAGCUCUCGUAUUGGUGGUUUCAAUCUUGGCUAUUUGGUUUCUCAUGGCACUAAAAAUAGUGAAGCAAAGUCUGAGGUUUCUGUUCUUCAAUCAGCUAUAUUGCAUUCCCCUGUAUUGACUGUGCGAUGGACUAAUAUAACUGGAUCCAGAUCUCAGCCGUCAUCUGGUUCUAGGAAGACGGGUUCUGUAGAGAUCACUGCAGUAACGACAGCUCCUCAGCCUCUUAUUUCUCUGGUAACUUCUCAUCGGGCAUUAUCUCCUUCAAAACAUGAACCAAUACAUUUGAACUCAUCUCCAUCAUUUUCUGUUUCGGAUUUACGUUCUAGUUCAUUACCAUCUGAAGCACAUGCUAUUUACCCCAUGGUUUUCCCUCGGAAUAGUGCUCUUCCACCCUCAGUUGGACAGUCGUCAUCUCCUGCACGUACUAGAAGUGGACAACGUCAACCUAUUGAUAUAACUUCAGCCGCAUUUCGAUGUUAUAGUGAAAGCGAAGAUGAGGCAGAGGAAGAAAUUGAAGCUGAAUGCGAUGUUGAUGACAGUAUUGAUUACAGUUGUCUUCCUGGGGAUAGUUCCCGCCUGGACCUUCGAAAUCGACCAGGCUCUGCAUCCCCUUUGCAAGGUCUCAGACUAUCUAUCAUUUCGUCUGGCAAAUAAAAGGCUGGAAGUCUGAAGUCAUAUAAAAAACUAAGUUCAUGUGAAGGUGAACCACAUGGUGUGUCUGCUGUGCAUACUUCAACACACUCAUCACAUCCAUUAAGAGCUGCACACAUUAUUAUGAAAAAACUGUCUAAUUCAGAAAAAUUCUCACAAUCGAAAGACACAUCGGUGUAAGACACAACGAAUCAGUUCCAGAAUUCAGCAGUAGAGUUUUUGAUGGUGAAGAUCUCGAACAUUGAUUCGCUUUUCUUUGAUUAAUUUCUUUUUUGUCUGACAGAAUAUACUUUCAUUGUUUUCAUCAGGCCUAACAUAUUCACUUAUCCUGUGAUGCUUUCUUUAUUUCUACUUCUAUUUUCUUUAUUUUCAAAUAAUAUACUAU